GUCCCGCUGCCGCGGAUGCGCCCGGGAGGGCAUCGGGGCAGGCGGCGUGGGGACGGGUCGGGUCGGGUGUUGCGGGGCGGCGGAGACUGGGAGGGCGUAGGCAGGAGGGGAUAAAAACCCCACUGUGUCGACACUGUGACUGGAGUCUCCUGCCUUCCCUGCUCACCCGGCGCCGGUGCCGAGCUCCGGGCCUCAGCCCCGUUCCCGGGAGCAGCGGGUCAGCGCUGCCUGCGUCCGCGGGGGAGCGCAGCGGAGCCGCUGCCGUCCCGCAACUUCCCCCGGAGCCGAACGGAGCGCAGCAUGCGGGGCAGGGGCUGGAGGCGGCGGCGGGGCCGGCAUCGCGCUCCCCGGACAUGAAGCGGCCAUCGGAAGCUCCAGCAACGAGUGCAAAGGUAACUGCACAAGUAAUCUGUGGCAAGGAGCACUGGGAGACAGCUGAAAGACAGUGACAAUGUCUUUAAAUUGGUGGACACUUCUUACUCGACUUGGAGUUUUUAAAGUGAACUGCAAAGGACUCGCAUGCCUCUUGGUCUUCACCGUGAGUGUUUGUGGCAGUGCCCCGGGGAUGUGUCCAGCAGCCUGCAUCUGUGCCAGUGAUAUCGUGAGCUGCACAAAUAAGAACCUCACUCGAGUGCCAGGAAAUCUUUAUAAAUCUAUGAAAAGGCUGGAUCUGAGUUAUAACAGAAUCGGGAUUUUGGAGCCUGAAUGGGUCCCAGUGCUGUCUGAGAAACUGAACACUUUAAUAGUCAAUCAUAAUAGCAUUAGCAGCAUUAGUGCUGGAAGCUUUUCCACAACUCCAAAUCUGAUGUAUCUAGACUUGUCAUCCAACAGCCUGAAAACAUUGAGCAGCCCUGUGUUUCAGGAGCUAAAGGCACUGGAGGUUCUCCUGCUGUACAACAAUCAAAUAAACCAGAUCGAGUCUUUAGCCUUUGGAGGAUUGUACAAAUUACAGAAACUGUACCUAAGCUACAACUUGGUCUCGCAUUUCCCACUGGACUUAUAUGUUGGAAAACAUAAACUGACAGACCUUGUGUUGCUGGACAUUUCCUUUAAUCACAUCCAGACAAUGCCUGUUCAGCGCCUGAGUUCAGUGCCAGCCAGACAACUGAGUGGAAUUUAUCUUCAUGGCAACCCAUUCUAUUGUGACUGUGUCCUGUACUCCAUGCUAAUCUUCUGGUAUCAAAGGCAUUUCAGCUCAGUGGUGGACUUCAAAAAUGAGUACAGCUGUUUGUUGCAGUCAGACCCAAGAGGUCAUAAUCAACUGCCUUUGCUGCAUGACAACAUUAUGAAUUGCUCUGAAAGUACUGUCAACAGCUCUUUCCAAGCCUUUGGGUUUAUUCACGAUGCCCAGGUUGGUGACAGGCUGAUUGUACACUGUGACAGCAGAAUCGGCGAUAUGGGCACACAGUUUGUUUGGGUUAGUCCAGACAAUAGAUUGCUGGAGCCAGACAGGGAGACUGAUAACUUCAAGGUGUUCCCUAAUGGCAGCCUGGAGAUAACAGAUGCCCAGCUAGAGAACUCAGGGCUGUAUUCCUGCAUUGCAAUAAAUAAGAAAAGACUAUUAAAUGAAACCAUAGAGGUCAGAAUAAACGUUAGCAAUUUCACAGUGAACAGGUCCCACGCUCAUGAAGCAUUUAAUACAGCUUUUACCACCCUUGCUGCCUGUGUGGCCAGUAUUAUUUUAGUGCUGCUGUAUCUCUAUCUGACCCCCUGCCCAUGUCAAUGUAAGGCAAAAAAGAAGAAGAGGAAGCUGAACCAAAGUAGUGCCCACCCAUCCAUACUGAAUUCCACACUGCCGCAAGAGCUGCCAGCUGAUGAGAAGAAAGCUAGCACUGGUAAACGGGUGGUUUUCCUGGAACCCGUGCACGAACCAAAACAGAGUCAGAAUGGGAAAGUAAAACUGUUUCCUAAUGACAGUGUCAUUACAGAGAGUAUCUUAAAAACUACUCGAACAAAAUCCGACUCUGACUCUGUCAACUCUGUGUUCUCAGAUACACCUUUCAUGCCGCCAGCUUAGUUUGCUGCCUGUGUUUGUAUCGUGCAGUUCCAUUUCUUAAUACCUCCUUUGCCUGUAGCAAUCCAUCAGGACAAACAAAUAAAAGAGAUAAAAUGUUUUAAAAAAAGGUAUGUUUUGUCAGUCCUUGAUC